AUUUGUUCAGCAUCAUGUGGAAGGCAGCGCUCUUGACCCUGGGCUUGUUGGUGGCUCUGGUAGACAGGGUCCGGCCCAAUGACGGUCAUCCCUCUUUUUAUGGGGUGAAACUGUGUGGAAGAGAGUUCAUACGAGCUGUCAUCUUUACCUGUGGUGGUUCUCGCUGGAGGAGAAGCGCAGAAGACUCGGCAUUUAUUGGAGAAGAGACCUAUGAUCCAUGGAAGGCAAAUCCCAUCCCUCAACUUAUGAGCGAGCAAGAUCCUGCAGAGUCCGAACCAUGGAAAAAUCCAGCAUUAGAUGUGGCAUCUGUAGCAGCAGGAUUCAGCCGCUCAGCUCGCUCACCGAUCACAGAAGAGGUGCUGGAGGCUCUACGGAGCGCAGACAGGAAAGGACGGGACGUAGUGGUUGGACUGUCCAAUGCUUGCUGCAAGUGGGGCUGCAGCAAGAGUGAAAUCAGCUCUCUCUGCUGA